CUCACACUUGUCUUUCCAAUCUCACACUUGUCUUUCCAAAAUGGCCCAGCCUUCUCCCUCGGCGAUACUCGGCCAGCAGCCCUUCCCCAUAGACCCCGCUCCAGCUCCAGCCCAGCCAAAUCCCAUACCCACUUCCACCCCUACCCUCCUCACGUAUCUCCACGCCCUCCUCGAUGUUCGUCAGUCACAGAACCUCACGCUACCUUACCUUCAACCAUUCGCACCUUUAUCCUCUAGGCCUCUACCACGGAUGAACAAUAAUGGACAGCGAGGAGACGGGGGAAAGGGCAAGGAGAAGGUGAAGAGUGAUUUGGACGUCAUCCGGGAACUGAGAGAGUCUGUGGCUUCAUGGAGAGGUGUGCUAACCAAAGAAAACCAAGAAGGUGGAAGAUUAACCACAGCUCUGAAAGAAGUGAUCACCCACCAAUCAGCCCUCCUCUCUUCUGCAGCCGCGCUCCUUCCCCAAGCCUCCUCAUCCACCAAACCUUUAUUCCUCUCAUCCCACCUCCUCUCCCAACCAACCAAACUUCUCCAAUCCAUUGCAUCGGCUGUCAGCCUCCAGACGUUUUUGGAAGACUCUCAAUUCGGACUCCAACAGAGCAGUUUAGCUAUCGCUGGUGAGAGAUUGGUCGUUGAUGUGGAUCUGGGAGUGGAUCUUGGCGGAGAAGAGGACGAGUCGAGGAUGGGGACUCCAAUGGGUACUCCGCGGCCCUACACCCCCGUCCCUGGUGCCAUGCCCACCAGCGCACUCACGCAAAAUUCAGACGAAAGAGGAAAAGUGAAGCUGCUAAAGCUCGUCGCUUCUCACGUUACUCCAUCCGGAGGAACAGGCCAGUGUGAAUGGGUUAGGAAAGUGCUGAACGAGCUAGUCAAUGACUACUUGGCAUUGUGGAAUGCUCCAGUCCUCGAGGAAGGGUAUAGCCUCGAAAAAGGUUUAUGGGAGAGAGAAGAAACGGCACGCAGACUGGAGCAAGAGUUUGCGGAUUUAAAGUGGUUUGAUGAUGUGGCAGGAGAUGAAUCGGUGGAUUGGUUUGAAGAACUGGAGAAAAUAACGGGAACUGUGGAAAGACUCGUGGCUGAAACUAGUGAGCAGAGGCUCUAUCCGACAGACAAGCAUUCAGUCUUCCCAACCUUUAGACUUCUCCCUUCAUCUUCUAUAGGAACCAAUCCCAUAUGGCGUAUCCGGCCGGCAAAGUCCUCCAACGAAUCUGUUCCUACCAUCUCAUCGAUCCACAGCACGAAAAGUGACGUUGGAGGAGCCGGAGAUCUCGAUAUGGAAGAACAGUGGCUAGAGACUGAUUGGGUGAUAGAAUGCAUAGAGGAGAAUGGGAUUGCAGGAGUUGUUGUCAGCAGAAAUUGGCUCAUUGAUAGUGGGCACGAAGAAAAGCAGCAAGUCAGUGGUACGAUUAGGCUGGAAAAUCUUCUUUACCACCCGUUCCAGCAACCAACGUUCCUUGCUAUCCCACAACAACAACCAUUCCCUUAUACCGCACCCUUCAUUCAUUCAUCCAAAGAUGGGAAUGGGUUAGAUCAGCACUGGUCAAUCGCUCAGCCUGGGCCUCUAGGAUGGGUGGUCGGUCGUAUCGGAAUGGGUAGAAAUUUAAAAGGUCUCUAUGGAACGAUAAAAGCUUUGAGAAAACAGCUCGUUCUGAAUCAGAUGUUUGCGAGUGUCUUCAAGUCUGAAGCCUUGACAACAUAUGAGAACGGGAACGGGGAGGAGGGUCACGAUGAGGAUGACGAUAUGGACGAUGAUUGGUUCUCUGGUCCCCCUAAGGCUGUCCCAUGUUCCGCCACCCUCCAUCAAAAUUCAAUUAGCAUUACCAUUCCCUUGCUUGACCACGAAGGGAAAUGUGAACACCUGGAAAUCAUCGCGAAAGCGAGCGACGAGGGUCCGGGGUAUACAAACGUAGAGUACAAGGGUGGGAAAAUUGACGAGUCAGAAGCAGAUAGGGAUCUCGUUAGUCUAGUAAGAAAGGUUCUGGAGCAAAGGACCAAACAGUCAUAAAAGUUGGCUCCUGGAGCAAUCAUCAAAGACAAAUAUCGCCAUGCUAUAAUGCAUUUGAAUCUGCCUACAUGCUACGAUAAAUGAUCUACUAUUACACAAAGAUUAUGCAAAGAAAAUAUCGACACUAA